AUGUCCCAGGCCGGGCCGCUUCCUCCCGCGCCCUCGGUUCUCAGCCAGCAGCCGGGGAGCGGGGCGGGGCGCGCCAGGGAGGCCGAGGCCGCGCGCUAUUCCUGUCACUGCUUUGAUUUGAUCCUCCGCGCGGAACAAGUUCACCCCCCCUGCCCCUUAGCUAGUUGUCCCCGGCCCUCGCCGGUGCCCGCAGAACCCUCCUUGUCCACCCCCAGGAGGUCAGAGCCCUCGCCCCGCACUUCCCGGACAGCCCUCGUCCGGCCCCAUCUGUGCAUCUGGGCCGUCGGAGAUCCAGCACCCCCCGGGAGUCAAUCCAUCCGCAGCUCCGCCCUUCCAGGUGAUGGUGCGCGGCCACUGCGGCCCCAGGCGCGCAGGUGUGGGCUCCCCAAACAGGGCCGGGGAGGGGGUUUUGGGCAACGCGCUGGCAGCCUCGGCAGCCGCCGAAACCGAACCCUGCACCUCCCGGAAAACUCCAAACUCGGCGCUCUCCGCUGCUAG